CGGCGGGGGCUCGGAGGAGGAGGAGCAGCGGGACGGCGGCUCGCUCUUCCUGGUGAACAAGAGCGGCUUCCCCAUGGACGGGCAGACCUGGGAGCGGAUGUGGGGCCACGUGGAGCGGGUGCACCCCGACGGCGGUGCCGUGGCGGCGGCCAUCCGGAGCGCCGCCCGCCUGGCUCGGCCCUCAGUCCCGCCAGUGCCAAACUACAAGCUCUCCAUGUCAAUCCCAGAGUGGCUCCAGGCAAUACAGACCUACAUGAAGAUGCUGCAAUACAAUCACACGGGAACACAGUUCUUCGAGAUCAGAAAAACCAGACCUCUGAGUGGGUUAAUGGAGACAGCAAAAGAAAUGACCAGGGAGUCCUUACCUAUCAAAUGCCUUGAAGCAGUUAUCCUGGGGAUCUACUUAACAAACGGGCAGCCCUCCGUGGAACGAUUCCCCAUCAGCUUUAAAACCCACUUCUCAGGGAACUAUUUUCAUCACGUGGUGCUUGGGAUUUACUGCAACGGCCGCUACGGCUCGCUGGGCAUGAGCAGGCGAUCAGACCUGAUGGACAAACCUCUCACUUACCGAACUCUGAGCGACCUCAUCUUCGAAUUCGAAGACUCCUAUAAAAAGUACUUGCAUUCAGUCAAAAAAGUCAAAAUCGGGUUGUACGUCCCACACGAGCCGCACAGCUUCCAGCCCAUCGAGUGGAAACAGCUGGUCCUCAACGUGUCCAAAAUGAUGCGCACAGAAGUCAGAAAGGAGCUGGAGAAGUUUGCCAGGGAUAUGAGGAUGAAGAUUCUGAAACCCUCAAGUGCCCAUUCUCCAAUGAAGGAGAGACCCCGGGGGAAGUCGCUGUCCCCUCGCCGGAGGCAAGGUAGCCCUCAGAGACGGGCUUGCAGGAGAGAUAAAUCGCCGGCGGUGCUGGACAAGAAAGGAGACCUGGCUACGCUCAACGAGGUGGGCUACCAGCUCCGCAUCUGACACAGCCGUGCCACGGACUCCAGAGGGCUCCCCGCUGCUGCCGCUGCACUUUACCUGCACUCUCUUGGAAGGAAAAAGGAAUGGGACUGUUUUUUAACUUACAUACUCUCACAAUAAAAGUUUGACCUAGAAAAUAGGGGGUAAUUUUUUUUUGGUGGCAGUAUUUAUUUCAAUUUAUAGAAAAGGCAUCAGUGAAGGGAACCUAAAAUUAGAUUUGCCAGGGUAUGAGAUUUUUUUUCUCUCCCAUCAUGUAGCAGGUGACUUCACUCAUGUGAGUUUCUUCAAAUAUAAUUUCCCUGUACAAGUGUUAAUUGAACUUGGCCUUGUGCUGGGUGGUUGCAUUGGAGUAACUAACAAUUCAUAUUCUUAGUAUUAAGAUGUGCUGGGGUGCAGUGCAAUUAAAAAAAAAAAAAAUUCACUAUUAAUCUUUAAUUCAGCAAUAAAAGCAAGCAGUGAAGAAGUGGCAUAAGUUUUUAAAGUAUCAAUAUUACCUCACUAGACUUAAUAGAUAUGCAAAACUGUCAGUAUUAUUGUUUUCUAACCGAUUUGUACUGUUUCCCAGCAUUACUGGGAGUAUUAAAACAGCACUGGAUGUUUUACUGCCACCUGUAUUAUUAUUUUCUGCAUGUUGCCGAAAGAUGUUAAGUAACAGUAAUAUGCACCUGUAUUCUUAACACUGACAUCUUGUUAGGCAAGAUACGAGGUUUGGGGUUUUUUAAAUGAUGAUAAUUGAUGAAUAAUGAAUUUUUAAACUUUCAUAAUUUUUUUGUACUUUUGUCACAAGCUUUUAGUCUUUCUGAACUAUACCGCUGAAGCACAAAACACAGAGAUUGCUGUUUUGUAGAGACAAGUCAGCUUUUUUCUCAUAUAUGUAGUACCUGGAAUAACGGAAAAACUGUGGGAAUUGCUAACCUGAGUCCAUGUGCUUUUCUUUCCACAUUUAUGUGCAUAUUUGAACCUUGUCUUUGAAAGGCUGAGCAGUCUCUGAUGGUGAUGCCUUGAAACCUUGUAUUAAAUCAGGCAUGGCAGGCUGAAGUUAAACCUUCUGCUGUGCUGUGCAGGGAGUUUUCCUGCAUGUGUUGUAGUAACUACUGCUUAGUCAGACUUGAAUAAGGAAGUGUGACUGAAAUAGAUGAAAAUCAAGCUUGUCUGCUUCCUCCCUGCUCAGUUGUUUUGUUUUAAGACUUGGCUAAGGACCUGUGAUGGACAGCAGUGUUCCCAAGUGACACGGUAAAACUCACUGGGGUCCACCAUUCGACUUAGUGAAGUUCUCUGGAAGCAUUUGAGUGCUGCAUUCCUGGAAAUGUUUCACUAGGUGCCUAAAUAUAAACUGGAUUAUUGUACACGUCCAGCCUCUAUCCUUUGUGCUGUGCUCAUAGAUGAUGCUGCCAUGGGCCUGGUGUACCUCCCCUCCUGGGCACUUAUUUUUUGGGAUCUCGAUGAAGAUGGAUGCUGUUACAGACUGACAGUAAUGCUUAUUGAAAUGGAAUGAUUCAAGCUCCUAGAACAUUUCCAUCAGCCAGAAAAGGAAUGAAUGUAGAAGGAAAGAACUGCUUGUUCACAGACCUCAUUGCUCAAAAAAACUGAAUUUCACCUGCCUAGGACAGGAAGAAAAAACCAAGACCCAGCAACUUUCUACAGCCAAUGAAAGGCUUUCUACUAAUUAAGACUUCAGAAGCUCUAGAAAGAAAACUUUUUGAAAGUGUGACACCUCUUUAUCCAAGUUUACCAUAUCAAUAACAGGAGGGCCUUUCCUAUCCCUCCUUCUCUAAACUUUACCACUCCUGUGUUCACAGUAAGAUUUUUUUUUUGGUUAAGGAGUGAAGCUGAAGAGAGGGAAAUACUUUUUUGGUAGAAAUUCUUGUGUGAUUUGACAUCAGCUGCAGAGUUUUGGUUUCAAACUUUGUGCUGCCCAGUGUUUUGUGACCUAAAUAAUUUUUUUAAUGACUUCUCAUGGAUAAAAUGAUGUGGAAAAACUUUUUAUCAGCUGUAUCCUAUAGCACAAUGUUAUCUGAUAGGUUGCAACUUUUUUUCUAUGAAACUAUGGUUUACUUCAGCUCAAAUAAUGGUUGUAUAUAGUUUCUACCCUUGUCCAAUAUACUUUAUUUUCUCUUAACUGAUACUGAAGCUUUUUAAUGCUGUAGAGGUGUGUUGACAAAUUGCUUUUAGUCCUUGUUUAAAGUUCUGCUGAAAUAUUCUCUUGAAACUUGCUUAUGAUGGCAUUUGUCUUAAGUGUGGUUCAAGUGACAGCAAAGUGGUCAAAUAGUGUAGAAAAACUUGCAUGACUUUUUGGGCUUUUUCUCAUCACUUGUAUAUGCACAGCAUGAAACUUCAAUAAAAGUAUCAUGGUAGUCUUUUUUUUAUGACUCAUGUGCAGUUUUUUUUGUUUUUGCUCUUAACAAGGGUUGCUCCAAAGGGUUAGCUGUAAUGUGGGUGUACCCAGAAAUUUUUUGCCUGUAUCUAAGUAUGCUGGCAUCUAUGACAUUACUCAGAUGCUUGAAACCAGACAGCAGCCAGGAUCAAACAGGUUGUCAUCCUCAGCAUCAACCUCACUGUUAACAGAGAAGAAGAAAGUUACAACUACUAUGUUAAAUUACAACUACCUAUGACUAUGAUAAAAGUCAAAUUUUCAGCAAUGUAAGCUGAAUGUUUUGGCAGGUGCUUAUGUUUUGUAAUGGACUGAGGAGCUUCUUUACUUGCAGUUGUCUGCAGUCUGGGAAAGGCAACACAGAUGAAAAUUCCACACGUGUUUCUGGGAGACAAGUGUGUCUGAAUGGGUGCAGGUUUUCCAGCACUACACUGAAAGACAAUUCUGUUACUUCCAAGUUGGUUCAACAUACACAUCCAUGUGUCAUUUGAUCAAGUUACAAGAUUUGUUUCCAGCCCCUCUACAUUUCCUAUUCAGGCAGCUUAGUGGUUUUUAAAUUACUUUGUAAAUUUUAUUUUAUACAGAAUGUUUAUGAGUGCACAGUGAGAGUAAAUAUAAAACCAUGAUAAUUUAAUAACCUCAAGAUCUGUCAUUUUAAGACAAAGCACAGGUUCUUUAAUAACUAAAUGGAAAAAAAAAAAAAAACCCACCCUGUCACCAGCUGUUCAAUAUGUAUGAAACCGCAACAUGUCAAGGGCUAAUUUUUUUGCUCCUGCAUAGAUCAGUAAAGUUUCCUGUGAUGUGGUGUGCUCAUUAAGCUUAGCUUUAUUUCAGAUUUUUUAAAAAAGAUUUCAGUGAAUGCUACCUAUAAGCCCUCAGCAUUUUAAGCAGCAAAUUCUUAAAGAGUAAGUAUUUGCCUAUAUGCCUUUCUUUCUCUGAAAGUUCAAUCUUGCAGCCUCUGCACCAACAACACUGAGUAAAUUCCUUUGCAGAAGUAUUAAGAUGGAAGUGUCCAUAAAGCACCUUUGUAGUAAAACAUUAUUUUCAACUCAUAAAAUGCUGCAGGCACACAAACACAUUCCCUUUGCUUGAGGAAACACACAGUUCUCAGAAUAGUCCUUUUUACUGUGAUUCACAAUAAAAAUCAUUUACAACGUAUUAAUUAAAAAUAAUGCCAUUUGGAGUCUGGCACAGAUGUUUUCCUUUAUCAAAGAGGAAGCUAAUGUAAAAUCCUUUUUCUCCCUAAAAGACUUCAUAAAGUAAAUUAAACUUUUUUUUUUUUU